AUGGCUUCCGACGGAGUAGAUAACACUCGGCGCUUUUUCGUGGCUGUUCACGUCGGUGCCGGUUAUCACGCGGUGGCUAACGAGAAAGCUCUUAGAUCCGUCAUGAGACGCGCUUGCCUAGCCGCUUCCACUAUUCUUCUCCAGGAUUCUGGUGGUGGGUGCAUAGAUGCUGUUUCAGCCGCCAUUGAAGUCCUCGAGGACGACCCGAGCACAAAUGCUGGAAGAGGCUCUAAUUUGACAGAAGAUGGCGAUGUGGAAUGUGAUGCUGGUCUUAUGGAUGGCGAUUCAGGAGUGUUUGGAGGCGUUGGAGCUGUUCCAGGUGUCAGAAAUGCCAUCAAGAUUGCUGCUUUAUUGUUGAAGGAGCAGAUGAGUGGGUCAAGCCUAUUAGGCCGUAUACCUCCAAUGAUGUUGGUUGGUGAAGGAGCUCGACGUUGGGCCAAAUCCAAAGGUCUUCUUUUGCCUGAAACUGUCACAGAAGCUGAUCAGUGGCUGGUUACAGAGAGAGCAAGAAGUCAGUGGAGAAAGUUUAAGACUAUGCUUUCUGAGGUAGAGGCAAAGAGUAGGCUUUCUUCUGAAGAACAUCCCAGGAAAAUUGACACGGAUGAAAGAAGUGAGGAAAAACCAUCACCGUGUGCAGCUGAAGAUGAGGAUAAGAUCAUUGAUACUGUUGGAGUUAUUUGUGUUGACAGUGAAGGACGCAUUGCUUGUGGUUCCUCAAGUGGUGGCAUUGCAAUGAAGGUAAGUGGGCGUGUAGGUUUAGCAGCAACAUAUGGUUCUGGUUGUUGGGCAUCCUCUAAAGGACCAUUUGGAGAUCCAUUUCAAGUUGGUUGUUGUGUGUCUGGAGCAGGAGAGUAUCUUAUGAGAGGGUUUGCAGCCAAGGAAUGUUGUACUUCAUUGUCCAUUUCACAGGCUGGUCCAGCAGCUGCAGCCAUGAAGGUUUUACGUUCCGUGAUGCAACAAGAGAGCUCAGAAAGUGGAAUUGCUGACAGAACUGCUGGAUUUCUAGUGGUUCAGGCGGAUGCUUCUGUUGAUGUCUCUGGAAAUAGACCAGAGCUGAAUGCUGUGGAGAUCGCUGCUGCUUACUCGUCACAAUCAUUUGGCGUAGGAUACUAUGGGAACACUAUAAAGAAGCCAAAGAUUUCGAUUCUCAGGAAGAAGAGAGACAAGAAUGAAGCUGUGAUAGAUCAUUUUGAAGCCAGGAUUGAUCUCCGUCCAACCUGUUCUGCUGAUUGA